GUCAUUGACCAAGGAUAAUAAAUUGUGGCAUUGUGUACUGUUGUUAAAAUAAUUUCUAGAGCCGGUUUAGGCUCCCUGCAUUCUUGGUUACCUUUGCUUAAUCAGUUUGCUCUAGGUUUUUCACAGUUUCGGGAACAAUGUAUAUCCCAUUCACGUAGAACAAACCUCUUAAUACUAGAAACAGUGAACUAAACAGAAAGACAGAAUAUGGCUGCUGCCGCUGCCGCCGCUCUGCUCGAUGAGCUCAUGGGAAGGAAUCGAAAUGUUCUGCCUAACGAGAAGCCUAAAGAACUUAAUUGGGAGGAUCCGGAGUUCUGCAAGUUAUAUCUGGUGAAGUUUUGUCCACACGAUCUUUUUGUGAAUACACGAGCCGAUCUGGGUGCUUGUUCUCGGGUACACGAUGAUGAAGCAAGAGAAUUGUUUGAAAAAGCAGCUUAUUCAUAUAGGAAACAACAAUAUGAGGAUGAAUUCAUCAGAUUCUGUCAAAGUAUGCUUAACGAGGUUGAGCGCAAAAUCAUAAAAGGAAAACAACGGCUCGCAUUAAUUGGCAGAACUGAAGCGCCUACAUUGACUCCAGCCCAAACACAACGAAAUGAAGAUCAAAUUGCACUGCUCACAGAAAAGAUUAAUAAAUUAGUAGAAGAGGCUGAGCAGAGUGGAAUUCAGGGAAACGUUGAACAAGCUCAGGGACUUAUGCGCCUUUGCGAUCAACUCAAAGAAGAACGGGAGACAUUACGUAAAUCUAAUGAUAAUAGCCAUUAUAAUCAAACUGCGGAGCUAGCAGCAGCACAGGAAAAGCAAAUGGAGGUGUGUGAUGUAUGUGGUGCAUUCCUCAUUGUUGGCGAUGCUCAACAAAGAAUUGACGAUCACCUUAUGGGAAAGCAGCAUGUUGGGUAUGCACGGUUAAAAAGUGCUCUGCAGGAGAUAAUGAGUAAACGUGAAAAGGCACGAGAUGAAAAAGAACAGAAGAGGGAUGAAGAUAGAAAACAAAGAGCACGUAUAAAUGAAGAAAAUGACAGAAGAAGGCAAGACAGGGAGAGAGACAAACGUCGUCGACGAACCGAUGAUGAUAAAAGUAGACACGGUUCUGGUAAUUAUAGAAAUUCAGGGCAACGCAGUAGAAGCAGAUCCGCCGAUAAGCAUGAACGCCACAGAGAUGAAGACAAUCAUCGUCGCCACAAUAGGGACAGAGGGAGCCGUGAUCAUCGCAGUUCUAGUCACCACAGCCGUCGACGACAUCGUUCAAGAAGUCGAAGUCACAAGUAACUACUUUCCUCUUGAUUGGUUAGUGAGUCAGAAGUAAGCCAGAAUGAAGAUACAACACGAAGAUGCGUGCAGCACAGGCUGUAAAUUCGUUCAUGCUGCUUAAUAUAAUUUUGAGGUAAAACUUUUGCAUAAUCUUAUAAUUUAAGAUUCCAAUUAAUAUAAAUUUUGUACAAAUGCCAGCAACACGAGGGCUUCUAAAAUUACAACAUAAAUGAACGAUUUCUUCCACCAUAAAAGUCAUUUUGAUAUUAUCCGUCUGGGAAUUCUACAAUUAUACUGUUACUCUAAUUGAACAGACUCUUGUUUAUAUAUCUAUGUUUAUAUAGAACAAUUGUUAGUUUAAAUUACUGUUGCACGAAAAAAAUUUAAACGAAAAAACAAUUUAACGAGAUCAAUGAUCUAUCAGUUCAAUUGUAAUGCUUGAAUCGACUGUUGUCUUGAAUAAAUAAACAAUAUUAUACAAA